AUGCCAGUGUGGCCCGAAACCUGGAGUCAAUGCCGUUUCCAUAACGCCAAACACAAUCCCGAUCAUCAUCAUCAGCAACAGCAGCAGCAGCAGCAGCAGCAGCAGCACAACGAGCAGCGCCGUCCCGCUCGCUCGCUCCCCGCUCAGCCAGCUGCCGCCAACGCCAACAGAGAAGGCAAGGAAGAAGCCCGCCGUCUGGAAGCCGAAGAGGCGCAGUACGAAGCCGACAUGCGCGCCGCCAUCGAAGCCAGCUUGCGCGAGGUCGCUCCCGCCGCCGCCGCCGCUUCUCCAACCGGCCCCUCUCUCCCUGCCACCAUCGCCGGCUCCGACUCCAACGCCGACGACGGCUUCUCGGCUGACGACAUCCGCGCCGCCAUCGCUGCGAGCCUGUGCACGGCGGCCGCGGAGACGGAGUCGCUCUCCUGCGGCAGAGCCGCUCCCGCUCCCACAACCACCACCACCAUCACCAUCACCACCAGCAUUGCUAACGCCGACGCCGACGCCGAGGAGCUCGACCUCUUCCUCAACGGCGCCUACGUCCGCGGCAACUUCUUCGCCAGCGACAACACCACAGCGGCGAACCUCGCGUCGGCGCGCUCGAGCAACCAGGCGCGCACAGCGGGGGCAGAGGCGCUGCUGCUGAGCAUGGAUGUACGCGGAGGAGACGAGGGCGAGGAAGGAGAGGAGGAGCAAGAAGAGAGGAAUGGGUGGUGGAGGCGGUAUUUGCGGCGCGUGGCCGAGUUCGAUGAGGAGAUGUUCGUGCUGUUUGGGACGCCGAUUUCGUGGCACAGGACUGAGGAGCUGUUGCAAGCUUAUCGGUGGUGAGGGGCGUGGGGGUGUAUGUGUAUGUUGGGGUGGGGUAAGUGCUGUACUGCUGUACUGCUGCU